CGACAUUUACGGAACUCUUACCGUGUCUCUCGAGUGUCUUAUAUCUGCCUCUGUUUAAAAUAUACGCAUUUCGGACCUGACGCCUUCGUCUACAACGACCAAACGCCUACAACAAUCAGUGCUGCAUCAAAGGUGAAACGAGGACAUGCAAUUAGAGGGUCUUCUGGGUCUUCUUAUUCGUCAAAAAUGAAAUCCGAGACGAAUUCAUGGCUCGUCACUCGACACGACUAAUGGACCCAUAAUGACCGGCCAAUGGGUCCAUGGUGCCAGGCACACCCAUGUUCGUCAGCCACCCGGAACGCGGCCAAUCUUCACGGUCAAAAAACAUGGAUCCUCCAGACUCUAUUUGACAACUAGGUGUUAUGAGACACGUGCACGAGUUAAAUGUGAGCCUGAAUGGAGGAUUUUCAAGGAUGUCAAACUUACGUCCAGAUAUUCUGGACAUAGGUAUUCGACUGACUCAUCAAAAAGUGAGAAGAGUCGAGGCUCAAAGACGCUGUUAACCUUGACUGCUGUAGCAUUAGGUGCAUCAGGAAUAUUACUGUAUGCAAAACAUGAUCCAGAAUUCCGUGCCACUCUUGAAGGAUACAUACCUGGCACAGACAGAACCAUUCAGAUCAUCUUCCAGGAGGAAUCAUCAUAUUUUGAAUUUAUACGUUCAUUCUUUGAAUCACUUAAACAAACAAUAAUAGAUGCAGUUUUUGGAGGAAAAGCAGAAAAAGAAUCAGGUCAGAGAAAAUUAGAUUGCAAAAACGUUGAAGAUUAUAUACCACCAAAGCCAGCUUUUGUUCCUCUGGUUGACAAGAAGGAACCACCUAACAAUGAACCUUAUACCGAAAUAAGGUUAAGUAAAGAGAAAGGAGAAGAAAUUGAAGUUGUGGCCGAGAAACCCGCACCGCUUUCUAAGGAUCUACCUGAUGAGUUAAUGCCAGAAAAUCUGGUGGAACUAGAAACAUCGUCUGGUGUGACUGCAUCUAAAGCCAUUGCAGCUUAUCAAAAAGCAACAUGUGCUAUUCAAGAAUACAAUCAAGAUGUUAUUAAAGUCGUAGAAAGUGCUGAUUCUUUACCUGGUAGCGCUGUUUGGAAUAGAUUAAAAGAAGCAACAGAAAAGAGGACAGUAGCCGUUAAAGAGGCAGAAGAGAACGCUACUAUUGCAUUGAAAUCGCUCAAGAAAAUGUACAAUUUAAUCGAUGAUCCUAAAUUCGAUGCACCGUCGCAUAUGAAAACGGCAGCCAGGAGAAACAUUAAAAAAAUUAUGGACGACGUUGAUGAGGCGAAGAAAAAAUACGAGAAGGAAAUCGAAAGCGGUAACAUCGCUGAACGUUAUUGGAAACAGGUCAAAGCCGCUCGUGAAAAUCUUAACGAUGAACUACAAAUACUUUUUCCGGAAAUCAAUAUUCACAACAAAAAAUUGGCUAUCGAUGAAAAUUCAUUUGAUUUGUUCGUUUUACACAUGUACAACAAAGUAAUCAAUCUUCAAAAGGAAUUGGUGAAAUUACGGACCGUGCAAGAGAACAGACUGAAAGCAGCGCUCAGGUCGACCGGUGAUACGGCAAGCCAGGAGAAAUUGGACGAGCUGGUGUGUUUGGAGUUGGAAAAAGAGAAGCUGAUCAUUCAGGACCAAUUCAACAAAAAGUUACUAGAGGAACAAAAGAAAUUCGAUGAGGAUAUGCGACGACAGUUGAAGCUUCAAGAACAGGUUCACACCGACCAUAUUCAGGAAGUAUUAUCCUUGAAGGAACAAGAAGCGGAGAGGACGUUGAAACAAACGCUUAGCGAGCAGUCCGAAGCGGAUGCAUUGAAGCACAAAGAGCAGCUUGCGGCGGUGGUAGGCAGGUUACAAGGUCUCGAAACAGCCUUGAAGGCACGCUUGGAGGAGGAGAAAGCAGCAUCGAAUGCACAGAUUCUUUGGUCGGCUUGCUUGGCGUUGGCUCGGGCUAUUAAAAAUGCACCGGUUGGCGCCCCAAUAGAGGAAGUAAUCAGGCCCCUGGAACCGGAAAUCAAAGCCGUCACCAAGGCAGCACCCAAGGAGGAUCCUCUGGUGAUCGCAGCCAUUGGAGGCAUUCCCGAGGAAGCUGCAAAGAGAGGGGUGUUCCCUGAAGACAUUCUUCGUGCCAGGUUCCUCAAAGUGGAAGAGGUGGCGAGACGAUUGGCCAUGGUUCCCGAAGAGGGUGCCGCCUUGCCUAUCUAUUUCCUUAGCUAUCUUCAGAACUUCUUGAUGAUCAAGAACGCCAGUCCCAUUCCUCAGAGCGAGAUCGAGGACAACCCCAUCGAUGUGGAGUCCCUCAACACCUACGACAUUCUUCACCGAGCAAGGUACUGGCUCGAUCGCGGUGACUUCAAGAUGACCCUUCGCUACAUGAACCUGUUGAAGGGCGCACCGAAAUCAGUCGCCAAGGAUUGGAUGAACGAGACGAGGAUCCUAUUGGAGACCCAGCAAGCCGUGGACACCUUAUUGGCUUACGCAGGUGCUAUAGGUUUGGUGUUCCUCGGUGCUGGAGACUCGAAGUGUUCCAGCUCGUCUAGUCUCGUAAAAGCUGAGCGUCCACGCGAUCGUGCGAGACGAUUGCGAGCUCAGCGAAGAGCUAUCGCGCGGAUACGCGCCUGGGCGAGGCGACGACGACGAAGAGGUACAUGGUCUUACGAUAGCAUUCAACGAACUACACACGAUAUGUACAACUGGUGGAGCGACGUCGAAGAGAAGAAGACGACCGUGAAGGGAGGAGAGCAAUUGAAGAUUUAUUUGCAGCUGAAUGGGGGUGGCAAAGGGAGGAUUUAUUUGGUUUGUACGAACACACAGGAUAAAUAGGCUUAACCCUUUCGUUGAUGGAUGAUCGAAUCAUUGAGACAUUGCGAUACGCCGACGCUCUGAUGACUGGUGUUAUUUUGUUUUUGUACAGAACUCUUUUAUGUACUUGUGAAAAUUAUUUGUAAUUAGGUCAUUGAUUAUCCAGAUAGGCUGAGACGACGAAGGCUAUGGAGAUUUAUACAAAGGUAUCAUUUGUUUUUAAUAAUAGGAUUGCAAGAUUCUUUGUGUGAGCGAGCAAGGACAGACAAUUAUUAUUUCUAUUUUUAUUAAUAUAUUUCAAUCACAGGUUUUAAUAACGAAAGGGUUAAUAUCGAUGGGUCUGAUCUUUCCUAUAUUUUACAGUUUAAUAAAAAUUGUGUAUGUGAAUUUAUUUGAAAUGAAAUCGACGAUAGCAUCGACAUUAAAAUUCAUUAUAAAAUAACAGAGGACCGUGUGAAUAUCGAACGUACACCGAGGCAAUGAAAACGAGACUUUCUGCAAACUUUUCCAGAGGUGAAAAAUAGAAAGAAAAAGCAGAAAGAACCUGGACUCGCAAGCCAGCAUAUCAUCCGUUUUAUUUUGCGUUCGUGCCAGUUAAUCCUGGAUUUGCCGCACGAAGGCGUCGCCAUCUGGGCCCGUGUGUGACCCCGUUUCUAACGAAAAACCAAGAGCUUUUAAAAAGGUUCGCGAUCUCGACUAAAUCCCACCUGAACUAUUCGUUUCGAGCAACAUCGUCGAAAUCUUUGCUUCACGGGAGAUCUACGAUAAAACGAACCGCCUUUAGAAUCGCCUGAUUCUUGUAUCCUGAAACAAAUAUAAAUUGAAAUUUUAUUUUUAACGCAUCGAUGGCCAGCCAAUAAAAAAUAUUAAAAUUACUAAUUUUCCCUGAUUUUAGGGUAGCACUCGAAGGGUGAAAAUAUUCAUAUUAUAAAUUUAUUAUUUCAAAGUAGAUCUCCAAAGAAUUCCAAUAUCUUGUUCCAUUGCAAAAUUAUUAAGGAAAAUUCAGAAAAUUGUUUCCUUAUAUUUUUAUGAUUCGAAGCGAUAUAGGAUCAUCUGAUCGAGAAUUUAAAUUGAAUUGAGUCGUCGUUGAUAUUGGAUCUGUUUUCAGCAACCCCUUUUCAGAUAGCUGCGGUCUGCUAGCAAGAAAUAGAUAAGUAAAUGAAUAAAAAAAUUUCGUCGAUGCCGUCUCAACAGAACUGCUGUUAUUUCUCGACUGAAUUAUGAUAAAAAUAUACCAACCCUUAACUUAACGCGAGACAUCUUCAAAUGAAGCUGGUAAAAUUAUAGGGGUUGUUUUAAGACAACCCCAAGUUUGAGUUUAAAAACAGAUAUAUAAUUAUUAUUUCUUGAAAGUGGUUUAGAAUGAUGUUUCGUGUUAAGGGCUAACCAAACGAAGAACGAGGGAAGAAAUGGCGCUGAAUAAGGUGCUGUAAAUAGUAUGUUCAUGUUUGUAGUUACGUUACUUCUAGUUCCAUGGAAGCCUCGAUCGAAGAAUCAUACAAUAUUCUUGGUACGAGUAAUAAAUGAAUUUCUUCAUUGCUUACGA